AUGAGGAUAAAUGUGUCCAGCAGGGAAAACCAGAUCCACAAUCACUUUUUCUUGGAGGAACUCAAGAAGGUUGGUAGGGAGGCAGGAGUACAAGGGAAGGGGACAGAAAAUCCCACAUCUCUGUACACCGGUGAUGGUACUGCUCUCACUGUCCCCAUUUUUCCUGCCUUUCUGCCACUCCACAAGAGAAAAAAAAUUAUAGGUAAAGGUGAUAAAUUGGAUGACAAAGUUAAAAGAAUUGGACCACACAUAGAAAUCUUCCAAGUGUUCAGAGAAAGAAGCAAAUUAAAAAUUACCAAAAAAACAGUUAAAGCGAUCAUCACUCUGCAGGCACAUGUCAGGGGAUGGCUUGAACGCAGAAGAUUUCAACGAAUAAAGACCAAGGCUCUGUAUCAUGGACCAAAUUUGAAAGCAGUUUUGAACAUGUAUCAGGUGCAAAUCCACCGUGUUAGACAUCGGCUUGGUCUUUGGAGGACAAGACAAGUCAUAAACUUUGUAGAGCUAGAGGAAUGGAUGGACAGGAAAAAAUUCUAUGAAACAAUGUUUGCCAAGAGAGAAGACUGGCAAGGAUUAGAAAGAAGUGAGCUCCUUAAGUAUUUCAAUGACUGUGGCCAUUUCCCAACCCAGCAACAAGUGGACGAUUUUUGGGAACUGUUCCAUAGAGGUAAAAAAAGGAUACAUUCUGAAGUAAUCAAAAAGUCUACUGCAACUGAAAUGUUAUUUACAAUGUACCCUCCGCAAGGUGCUCACGUGCACAGUUGUAAUUCACAACUUAAGUCAACUUGGUUGAGACCUAUUGUAAAUGGAGAGGAAGGCUAUAAAUAUAUAGUAUCUGCGAGCUCUACCUGGUCCGCCGUCUUCGUCAAGCCCGAUAAUGGCGCAGGCCACUGGCGGCCCCGGGGGCCUCCUCGUUUUCUGUCCGUUUAUGUGAAGGGAAAGAUUCCUGCGCCGGCUGGAGAAUGUGGAAGG